UUUUACGGUAGUGUUAUGAACUUUCCCUCGGCGAUCAGCUGACGCGUCUUGGCUACUCGGGAAGAGAGGGAAAGGUCGGAAAAAGAAAACAGCGAUGGCGGCGGAGAUUCAUUCGAGGCCCCAUUCCUCCAGACCCAUCCUCUUGAACAAAAUCGAAGGCCACCAGGAUGCAGUGAGCGCUGCAGUGCUGAUCCCGAAGGAGGAUGGCGUGAUCACGGUCAGCGAAGACCGGACUAUUCGAGUGUGGCUUAAGAGAGACAGUGGCCAGUACUGGCCCAGCAUUUACCAUACUGUGUCAUCUCCAUGUUCCUGUAUGUCGUAUCACCAUGAAAGCAGGCGGAUCUUCAUAGGACAGGACAAUGGCGCCAUUGUGGAAUUCAUCAUUUCUGAAGAUUUCAACAAGAUGAACCAUGUGAAAACCUACCCAGCUCAUCAGGGUCGAGUGUCCGACAUGGUAUUCUCCUUGCUGAGUCAGUGGGUGGUGAGUACGGGGCAUGACAAGAGUCUAAGCUGGAUGUGCACUCAGAGUGGCUCCAUGCUGGGACGUCACUACUUCAGCUCGUGGGCCUCUUGUCUGCAGUAUGACAACGAUACCCAGCAUGCAUUUGUAGGUGACUACUCGGGCCAGAUCACCCUGCUUAAAUUGGAGGGACAGACAUACUCUACUAUCACUACUCUGAAGGGACAUGAAGGUAGUAUAGGGGCUCUGUGGUGGGACCCUGUGCAGAGAUGGCUGUUCUCGGGAGCAUCUGACCACAGUGUGAUUAUGUGGGACAUUGGCGGGAGAAAAGGCCGCACACUACUACUGCAGGGGCAUCAUGAGAAAGUGCAGGCUCUGCGGUAUUUGCAGCUCACCAGACAGCUGAUCUCCUGUUCUGCCGAUGGAACCGUCACAGUGUGGAACAUGGACACACAGCGGGAAGAGGCUCCUCAUUGGUUGGACAGUGAUUCCUGUCAAAAAUGUGAACAGCCAUUUUUUUGGAACAUUAAGCAAAUGUGGGACACAAAAACUCUGGGGCUUCGACAGCACCACUGCAGGAAGUGUGGAAAAGCAGUCUGUGGGAAGUGUAGUUCUAAACGCUCAACAUACCCAGUCAUGGGAUUUGAGUUCCAGGUGCGAAUGUGCGAUGACUGCUAUAACACAAUCAAAGACGAAGAUCGGACACCCUUGGCGACAUUCCAUGAGGGGAAGCACAACAUAUCUCACAUGGACAUGGACCCAGCCAGAGGCCUCAUGGUGACCUGUGGAAGUGACCGUGUCGUUAAGAUCUGGGACAUGAUGCAACUGGUUGGCUGUAGUAUAGCAACAGGCUUUUCACGCUGAUUGACUGAACAGCACACCUCGCUCACACCCCUACCAACUUCCACUUUGUCUCUACGGUUCUACUCUUGGACAUGUGUGUGUUUUUAGAGGCUGUCAAAGAUCAACUUGUAAGGUCGGCUGUUUGUAACUAUGACGUGUAACUAUGAUAUUUGAUGAACCAGAGCUCAUAAUGUCUUCAUUUGGGAACAGCCUUUCCCUCUGAGUAGUCAAACAUGAACUGAAGACCUUACUAAGCACAGUUUUUGUGUUUUGUGUCUGUCUUGUUUUUGACACGGACACCUGUUGUAACAUGCAUAAUAACUAACUUUUUUUUGGUCUUUCUAAAUAAUUUUGUCUGUCGAGACUCGCUCCAACUCUCGCCUUACACGUGUCUUCAACUCAGGGAAAGCACAAUUGAGCAUAACGAAACUGUGCUUAAAUCAGUCCAUAUGAUAAUUUGUGUUGACAUAUAAGACCCUGCUUUCUAUAAGAUGUUUCAGUAAUAGACAAACAUGGUCUUCCUGAUUGAUGUCAGAGAGGGGUCCACGAUAAAUUGAUGGAUUAUUAUUAUUAUUAUUAUAUUGUCUUCAUGAAAUCAAUAUUAAAAUAAUUGAAAAUUACAACCGAUAAUUUAGUGCACAUAGUUACUAGUGGUGAAUUCCCUUUGCUUAAACUUGCACAGAUAUAUUAAGCAGUAAAUAGUUCAGUUCUCCCUCUUGUCAGGAACAUCACUGCUAAGUAAUGCUUACUGCACUUCAUAUAUUGAUUAUAGUGUGAACUAUAUACAAAAAAGAAUAAAAUGAUCAGUUAUUCAUAUUGGUAUUGAAUGCAAUAAAAUGUCCCUGUAUAGCAAAUCAAGAAACAUCAGUGCAUCCCUAAAAUCCAUUUUAUAUGCACCUUGAUUUUGGUUAUUCAAAAGGUUCUAUGAAUUAAGAUGAUAAUGAUUCAUUGCUAUGCAAAGCUCUAUUCCUAUACCACUGAGUGAGCGUUUCUUUGAGAGGUUGUACAGCUGAGACCUUGGUUUGUUUUGAAGGCAUUAUGGGGCCGAAAAUGCUUUUGGAACACUUUAAAAUGACCAUACAUGCCUAGAGCUGUUUAAUAAGAGCUGCCAGUUAAACAUCUCGCAUCUUGCCUUUGUCUUUUGCUCUAAUUCCCCGUAGACCUUUGUUCCUGUGUUUGAAUCGGUCACUCUGUUUUGACUUUCUUUCAUUGUCCUCUGCCUUUCUUUGCACUUGUGUGUGCUGUGUGGGUGUGUGUGAGAAGUAUUUCUAACUAUCCCUGUGAAAACUAAGCACUAGCCUCUGAAUAGGUCUAAAAUGGGCACUGCCCUUUCACUUAUAAAUUCCAUAUGAAUUCACUCUUCAUUCCAGCAAUGUAAAAGCUAAUGUGAAAUGUUUUCCCUUGUCAUUAUUUGUAGCGUUAGUUGAUGUAGCUGGAUUGCAGAACUGGUUACUGGGUACCCUGAUCUAGCAUGUGUAAAAACUUCUUCAGCAGAUGUAACUAUAUCAGGCUGCUUGUUGUGACCUCGUGGCUUGACCUGAGGUGCUGAACAUUAUGACAGUACUUUAUUUCUUGUGGAACUGAGACGAUUGGCGUGCCAGGAAACGUUUUAGGCAUAUUGUGAAGAUAUUUUAAAUUUGUUUACAAACAGCCGAAAUAUUUUUUUUCCUCUUUUGCUGCAUCCAUCUCUCAGCAAGGAGUGGCAGUACUGUUCAGUGGCAAAGUUCACGUUCAGAACUUGAUGAUCUCUGUCUAAAGUAGAAAAUCUAACCUACAAAGAAUUUCUACUUUUUUCUUUUUUUUUUUGGUAAAAUUUCCUUUCAAACAAUCGAGAUGAAAAGCUCUUCAGUGAGAAAUCUGUGUUGUGAAAAGAAAAUCAACUUUUUAACAUUUUGAUUUUUUUUCUUCACACUGCCACAUGUAGGACAUUGGAGUUGGAUUGUUGUGUGUUGUAAUGCUUCACUUGUAGUUAAAAAAAAAGAGAGAGAGACCUUCCCCCUCAUAAUUUAAACAUUUGAGGCCAUUUGAAAUAUUAAGGGCCGGUUAUCUGAACAAAUUCAGUGGUUUCUCCUGAUGUUAAAUUUUCAAUGCAGAAUUAUCAUAAACAGGGUCGUUUCGGACAAAGUUGUAAUCUUGGACAGAAAAUCAUUGCAAUUUUUCUUUAUUUCUUAUUUUCUAAUGUCUCUCAUUUUAUUACUUGGAUUAGUUUCAGUAGUGAUGGUAGCAAAAGACAAAUGAGUUGUACAGCUUUAACAUGUAUUUAUACUAUGACUGACUCCUGUUGAUAAUACAAACAGUGACUCGAGUCUCCCAGUGGCUGAGACUUAAAUAAAUAUUAGUCCCCAUCCUAA